AAACGGUGACACGUUACAAAAAAACCAUUCAGGCUAUUUUCCAUUAAACGCUUAUCUUGCCAAAUUAUGUUGUGCGACUCUCAACUCGCAGACGAAAAAAAAUGCCGCUUCUUUCCACGGUAUCUUCUUGUAUAAACAAAAAGUUUUGUCCGGCAACCAAGGGAACUUACAAACGAGGAGAAAUAGAGAGCCAGCCAGCUUAUUUGCUGAAUCAAAAUGUUAAGUUUUUGAAGAGCUUGGCUCCACCUUUAAUGGCUGCACUUGUAGUCUUAUCUCCUCUCUCCAACGAUCCAGUAUCACUCGGGCAAACCAUUGAUAUACAGCAAGGGGCCAGAUUGUUCGGUCAAGCAUGCAUUGGAUGCCAUGAUGCAGGUGGAAAUGUAAUUCAGCCAGGUGCAACCCUCUUUCUGAAAGAUCUACAAAGAAAUGGAGUUGACACGGAAGAGGAGAUAUACCGUGUGACAUACUUCGGCAAAGGAAGAAUGCCGGGUUUUGGGGAGAAUUGCACACCAAGGGGGCAAUGUACAUUUGGAGCGCGUUUGCAGACUGAAGAGAUCAAGCUUUUGGCUGAGUUUGUGAAGUCACAGGCUGAUCAAGGGUGGCCAAAAAUAGAAAGUAUGGGAGAAUGAUUUUUUCAUCCAAAUUUUGUGAAUGUUAAUUCAAAUCUUCAACGUGAGGAGCUUUGUUAGUUGAAAUGAUACCUGGGAGUUACUAGUUCGUGAUUUUUUUUAUUUUUAAAUUUCUAUUACAUUGGUUUGUGCAUCAACUCAGCGUUGAUACUUAUGCAAGUAGAGUUUUAUAGUGCUCAAA